AAACCAACACGGGCUGUCCCAGUGCCCAGCAUACAGUAUAUAAACUCUCGGCUGAGUUUGUAGAGGGGUUUGAAGGCGGGUGGACGGUUUUAGACUCUAUCGUACGAGAUUACCGCCUUAUUGUUUAUUAUUCCGCCUGGUCUCCUGGGUUACAUCUAUAUCCUGACAGAUGUUUCAGUAUCAGCUGUGGCUGCAUUGAACACCACGAGAAAUCCAAAUAGCCCCCCUAAAACGUUUAAUAUAACGGCGGAACUCACAAUGCCUUUGGAUCUGGGGAUGUACGAGAGUCGCGCGGAUUAUAAAUCCCCGAAACAAUGCCAAAAAACCUCAUUUGCAUUUUAUCAGGCUGUACGGGACCUGUUGCCGGUGUGGGUCCUGGAGGACAUGCGGACAAUGGAGGUAUUUCAUUGGGAAGAGGACGGACAGGCGUGCGCGUUCUCCCCGUCGGAGGCGUUUCUGUACGCGCUGGUCCAUGAUCACCAGCAGUACGCGCGCUAUUUACUCAACAGGUUCUCCGCCCGCGCGCUGGAGAUGCCCAGCAGAAGUUUCUGCUGCUGCCAGGCAUCCACCACACCGCACCUGGCCAUAGCCGUCCGCUACAACCGCAUCAACAUCCUGAAAAUGAUUAUGGACACCAUUAAAGACUUCACAGACUGCGAGAGACGGAGCUACCUGAACCGUCACGGAUGCGUCCACACGGACGGCAGCAAGACCGCGCUGCAUCUCGCGUGUGAUCUGGUGCGUCCCGAGUGCUUGAUUCUGUUGCUGGGUCACGGGGCCUGUCCUUACGCAAAGGACCUGACAGGGAACACCCCCCUGGACUGUUUACUCGGACAGAUUUGCCAGAGUGACUUUGAAAUGCGGACGAAGCGCGUCUGCCUCGGCUACCUCAUUUUAUUCAUGCCCACAUUUCGCUUCCAGAUGAAGAGACAGUUGCAGGACAAUGCCGAUGUGUGGAGGGGUCUUAUAGGAGAGCAGGCCUUCCAGUUGCUCUCAGAAUCAUCACCUCCUUCACUGUUCGUUCAGGCCAUGCAGAAGCUCAGCCAGUCCAUUCCCAAGGAACAGCUGGACUCACUGCCGGACUUUUUGAAACCCCUGGACUUCAGACUGGAUCAAGUUUAAUGUAAUAAAGCACAUUGCUUGACUCUAUUGUUUCUUCAAAUAUUCAGGUUUGAGUGUAUGUGACAAGCUCUGUAAAUAUGUGAAUAGCUAGGUGUUGCACAUUAGAGUAGCAGCAUUAUGAAAGAAACUGUACAAUUAUUAAAUAUAUAUUUUUUUGCA